AAAAACUUUGCAGAGGAUAAAAAACUUUGCCGGUUGAACAUAAGAACUCUACCGAGGAUAAAAAACUUUUUUUCAGCUUUCAUCAAUGGCAGAUGGAUCUCGAACUGAAGCUGAACAACUGAACAAGAGCCCCAAGGAAAAGUCUGGAGAAAGAAAUGAACAAGAGCUUUCGCAAAAUGAAAAUAGUGAGACCUGGAAGAUUCAUAGGAAUGAAAUCAGCUCAUCUGAAGGCACAGACGUCGGGGUUUUCGACUUCGGCAACAAAUAUCAUGCAGGUCCUAUUGAUGGUGUUGAUGCAAGGAAGGGUCGAAACUACGACAUUGAGGGUAAUAAAAUCGAUUCAAACAAAGGCAAGCGUGUGGGGAUUGGAAAAUUUGGCAACAACUACUCCAUGACGACCGCAUCGUUUUUUCUGGGUGGGCUUAUUGUUCUAGUUUUUGCUAUAUGUAAGCGAAGCUAGCUGUAAAAACAAGAAGGAAAUAUAAAUAAGAUAAAAAGGUAAGGGGCUGCAGAAUAAACAGGCUGGAAUUUCCAAGAAGAAAAAAAAACUGAGAUGUAAGGUUUUGGAGAUUUAUGGCCACUAGAACUCAUACACUCGAACUUUUCCCUUAAUCUGAAUGUUAUUUCUCUUAUAUUUCUGUAUUUCUUUUCUUCUUCUUCUACAUGCCAUCAAUAUAUUAAUGCUGAGUAAGUUUUUUGUUUCU